AUGACUGCGAUCAAGGAUGGAUUGUUGUUCUAUAACAAACAUGCAAAUUAUCAUACCGGGAAUACUCCUCUGGUGUUGAUAUGGAAGGAUGAGAGGUGUAGUCAAGUUGUCACUGAUACAGACAACAAUGGACAAGUUUUAAACCAACAUAUUGUGUUGGAGUUGCAAGAUGAUGGGAAAAUUGUAACAUCAGAUGAUCCACCCGUAGUAUGUUCCAAGAUAUAA